GCCGCCAGGGGAGGUUUGGACCGCGCAUCUAGGCGGCGGCGGCGGCGGCGGCCGAGGUCGGGCCGGGCGGCUCAACUGGCGCAACCCGCCGCCACCGAGGUGGUGAUGGGCAAGGAGGAGGAGAUUGCGCGGAUCGCCCGGAGGUUGGACAAGAUGGUGACCAGGAAGAGCGCGGAGGGAGCCAUGGAUUUGCUGCGGGAGCUGAAGGGCAUGCCUGUUACAUUACACCUGCUCCAGUCCACCCGUGUUGGGAUGUCUGUCAAUGCCCUGCGGAAGCAGAGCUCGGAUGAGGAGCUCAUUGCGCUGGCCAAGUCCCUCAUCAAGUCCUGGAAGAAGCUCUUGGGUGCGGGUCAGAAUGUAAAAGAUGUUUCUGAUGGCAAGACCAGGGAUCAAGGGAAGAGCACGCCUCUGCCCACAUCGUCCUCAAAGGAUGCCUCAGGGUCUGCGGAUCUCAGCUGCAAGAAGCCAGACCCACCUAGGACCUCAUCCACUCCGAGGAUCACCACAUUUCCCCCAGUACCCAUUACCUGCGAUGCUGUACGAAACAAAUGCCGUGAAAUGCUGACUUUGGCCCUGCAAACGGACCAUGACCAUGAGGCCGUCGGUGUAGACUGUGAACAUCUGUCAGCUCAGAUCGAGGAGUGCAUCUUCCUGGACGUGGGAAACACAGACAUGAAGUACAAGAACCGUGUGCGGAGCCGAAUCUCCAACCUGAAAGAUGCCAAGAACCCUGGCCUGCGGCGGAAUGUGCUGUGUGGUGCCAUUACACCCCAGCAGAUAGCCGUGAUGACAUCAGAGGAGAUGGCCAGUGAUGAGCUGAAGGAGAUCCGUAAGGCCAUGACCAAGGAGGCCAUCCGUGAGCAUCAGAUGGCCCGUACAGGUGGCACACAGACCGACCUGUUCACCUGCAGCAAGUGCAGGAAGAAGAACUGCACCUACACGCAGGUGCAGACUCGCAGCUCGGAUGAGCCCAUGACCACUUAUGUUGUCUGCAACGAGUGUGGGAACCGCUGGAAGUUCUGCUGAACCCUGUACGCACUGAUGUGUUGUAGUCCUGGCCAUGGCUAGCAUUGCCCCCUCCUGCAAUGUUCUUGGACACAGCUUCUCUGGAGAUCCCCAGAAGGUGGCAUGCCCUGUCCCAGCCUGUCUGCCUGGUGUGCACCUUUCUGCCCUUUGUCCCUCAUUAUUAAAUGUUUUCUUUUGCCUU